UUCCCUGGCCCGGGGGCUGCGCCCCGCUCCGCGCCGACCCGGGAUAAAAGGGCUUCUCCGGCCCCGGGAGCCACACGGCCCUCUCCGCCAGCGCCCCCGCCAGCUCCGCGCUCCAGGCACCGCCGCCCGACUCUCGAGCUGAGCCCAUGGCCCGCGCCGCCCCCGCCGCCGCCCCCCACGCUCUCCGGCUCCUCGCCGCCGCGCUGCUGCUCGUGCUCCUGGCGGCCGCCUGCCAGCGCGCAGAAGGGGCGCCCGUGGUCACCGAACUGCGCUGCCAGUGCUUGCAGACCUCGCAGGGAAUUCACCUCAAGAACAUCCAGAGCGUGAAGGUGACGCCCGCGGGCCCCCACUGUGCCCAGAUCGAAGUCAUAGUCACCCUCAAGAGUGGACAGGAAGUUUGUCUCAACCCCGAAGCUCCCAUGGUUAAGAAAAUCAUCCACAAGAUACUGAACAAGGACAACUCCAACUGACCAGAGGAAGAACGGAGCUGAUCAGUGUCUGUAUCUGAAGCAGGUGCUGCCCUUACAGGAAUCAAAGAGGAAAAAAGAAAUCAUCAGCCACCUGGAUUGGACUUAAUAUAUUUGAGCAUCUCUUAGGAGAGCUCUUCUACUUAUUUAUUUAUUUAUAUGUUGGUUGGUUGAUUUUCAAAUAUUCUAUAUUAAUAUUUUACAUGUAAUAUAAUAAGAAUGUGAUCGAAUCAACAUAUACUGUAUGUACUGUACCAUUAUUUGUAUUGUUUAUUUUAUGUUAAACCUAAGUUAGUUUAAUUUUGAUGUUUACUUAAUUUGGAGGUAAAGGUUUAUAAAUAUCCUCCAAUCAUUAAUAUUUCCAAGGAGUCCAGAGCAUGGCACACUGUGGGGGAUCAGAGCAAAUAGAGAGUGAGGUUACUGCCAGGGUAGGGGAAUGUAUGUGUACGUCUGUAUUUGUAACCAUUUAAAAGAAUGUCAAGUGUUAUUUAUUGAAAUUAUUUUACAGUAUCUGGUCAAUAUUUCUCAUGUUGAAGCUUUAAGAGCUACAAUGUUCUAAUAUCCUUUGGACAUUUGAUGUCUUUCUUGUAAGGCAUAAUGCCUUGUUUAGUGUUAAUUAUACAGUAUUUCUCUAUGUCUUAGAACAAAAGGUUUAAAUAUUUAUUGUUUUUCCUAAACACCUUGAAAAUAAAGUAUUUCAAAAAUAAA